AUGCAUCCGGGUUUAGCCAACAACGGCCUCUGCCAAAGGGUCCCACUCUUCCACUCCUCAACCAGUCCUACUUUCUUUCUUUUGCUUUGCUUCUCUCAACACAACACUUCAUUCAUUCAUUAUAUUUCGUGUAAACUCACAGAACAGAACAUCAAGGUUCUUAGAUAGAUAAGACCCCCACAUCAACCCUUUCAACCACUCCCCAUCAUCCAACCCUUUCUCACAUGCACAGUGAAACGCACUGCAAUAAUUGGGGGUUGUGUUGUGUUGACACCUGAAAGUAAUGGCAUCGUCUCAUGGUAAUGCCCACUCGGAUGCUGCAAAGAUGGAACAAAUAAUCACCGAGUUCUUCGCCAAGAGCCUGCACAUAAUACUCGAAUCAAGGGCACUCUAUGUGUCCUCACGCAAUUCCUAUGGUGAUCAAGCUGUUUCGUCUCCGUGUUCGUCGUCUUCAUCUUCGUCGAGUGUGCGGCCGAGGGAUAAGUGGUUCAAUUUGGCUCUCCGGGAGUGCCCGGCGGCGCUGGAGAACAUUGACCUCUGGCGCCAGAACAAUCUUGAGUGCAUAGUGAUAGAUGUGAUUUUGGUGCAGAGGCCUCUGGAUUGGGAUCCUGUGACUGUGAGUUUUUCUCCAAAGAGGGUUCUUCCUAGGAGUUCUUCACUGAAGGAAAGAUGCCCUUUUGGCUGGAACACUGAUCAGGAAGAAUUGGGGGUUGUGGGAAGGAGUGAAAAGAUUGUGGAGAGGUGGCUUGUGCAGUAUGAGAGUAGGAAGACAAGGGAUUCUAAUUCUGGCAGUAGGAGAUCAAGCAAUGUUUCUUUACAUAACUUGUAUAAGAAAUCAACUUUGCUUCUGAGGUCUUUGUAUGCCACUGUUAGACUUUUACCUGCCUAUAAACUUUUCCGAGAGCUUAAUUCGUCUGGACAGAUUAGGGACUUUACCCUUGGUCACCGUGUGUCUUCUUUUGUUGAGCCCUUCACCCGGAAACAAGAGGCUGAAAUGAUGAAAUUCGGGUUCACCCCUGUGGAUACUUCUUCUGGUAGGCUGUGUCUCAGUGUGAUGUAUUGCCCCUCAGCAUCAGAUGUGAGUUCUGAACCUUCCACUCCGAUGUCCCCACAAGUUAUAACUGAUUAUGUUGGGAGUCCAUUGGCUGAUCCAUUAAGGAGGUUUCCUUCUCUUCCUGUGGCAGGUUUGCCAUCUUCAAGGCAGCGUAGUUGGAGUUUCGAUCAUUAUAGAGCCUCACCUCCUUCUUAUUUACCUUCGCCUACUCAUUCAGAAUCACUCUCGUCAGGGUAUAAUGCAUGUUUGCGGCGUUUCCCCCCUGCAAGUUUGCCUCCUCAUCCAUCUGAGAUGUCUUUGAUUCAGAAGAAGAAUACAAAUUUUGAUGAUUAUUAUCCCUCUGCAUCACCUUCAACCUCUAAUUCUGGGCCGUUACCAUGCAAACCCCUUUUACGAUCUGAAAGUGCUCCAGUCAGCAUACCUACUGCUGAAGUUGAUAAUUCCCCUGGAUACUCCAAUAGGCAUAAUUUGCCUCCAUCUCCUCCCCUAAGAAUUUCGAGGGGCAUUGGUAAGAUUGAUAAAAACCCAAUGCAAACAGGAGCAACAGCUGAGAAGUUGUUUUCUCUUGGAAAAGACGAGUCUCGAAAAUAUUCUGGAGUGAAGAUAUCAGCUAACAGCUCGCCCCAGAUUUCAAUUUCCAGAAGCUCAAGUAGGUCUUAUCAGGAUGAUUUUGAUGAUACUGAUUUUACUUGUCCAUUUGAUGUGGAUGAUGAUGAUAUGACAGAUCCAGGAAGCAGAGCUGAAUCUCUGGAUCACGGUCAUAUAGCUGAGACGCUUGAAGCUGGAGGAUUCUUUCCCAUUAGAAAGUCUCAAGAUGCUGCUGUUGGUGCGCUUGUACAUAUGCUGAAGAAAGCGCCACCUCUGCAUCAAGAUUUCUCCACCUCACAACACCUCUCACAAGGUGCAUACCCUGAAACCUGGAAAAAUAACACUCAAGGGACCAAUCAGAUCCUAGAGGCAUCAUCAAGGCCAGUGAGCAUAAUGUCUUCUGGGAUCAUAGCCACUAGGAAAACAACAGCUGAUGCAUUGGAAGAGUUCCAUGGUUACAAAGAGAUGAAAAACUUGUUGCUUAGGCGAGGUAGUAGUAAGCACCAGAAAUAAUAGUACAUAACAUAUAGUAUAGUACACUUAUGCUUCUGCCAAAUGGCGUUUAUGCUGAUGUUAAAUCAGUAAAACACAUGUACAGCUUUAAGUCUUUUUUUUUUCCUUGAUAAAUUGGUCCGUCCAGUUGAAGAAUAUGUUCUUAGUUUUAAAAAAUACGUGUAAAUAUGAUGAUUAAGUCUUUAUGACUGUUAAGUUUUGAUCUAUUAUCAGGUUUGAGCUGGUUGCCAUGGUAGAGCCUUAUAUUGUGAAUAAAUAAAUACUUGAAACUGCUAAUAGUCGCAUAUUGUAUAUAA